AGUGAAAUUGAACCGGAGCCAUUUCACAGCCAGUUUGCUUGCCGCCCGGCCCAGGGGUAUUUCCUGUUUGGACUCCAAGGACACUCCCUUGUCCGCGAAGCCUGGAGCAGAAGCCUGGCCCCCGGAAACCAACGGUGGCUGCGGGGAGGGUCCCACCACCGGGAGGGUCGCACUGCCCGGACAUGCUUCCCGGGCGCCAUGGACCCGAGGCAGGGGUCUUUCCUGAACGGAUACUACCCAGACCCACUUCAAGGCUAUGACCACAGCGGACUCAGACACCAGCAGCCGGGGCCAGGAUCUUAUCCUAAUAGUUUCCAGCUUCAGCAAAUAGAGUUUCUCAAGGGGCAGCUCCCAGAAGUACCCCUAAUUGGAAAGCAGGCACCAGUACUGCCACUGCCCCUCCCUGAAUCCUGGCCAAGGUUUCCAGGACCCCCUGCCAGAGGCAGGCAACCGGAGAUCUGGGGUACCCCCAGGGGCGCCCCUCUCAGAAGUCAGGCGCUCCAGAGACAGUUCCAGCUUCCUUCCCCCCGCGGCAGGGUUCUUCCAUGGAGAGGUGUUGACAGGCUUUCCUCACACUUCCGGGACCUGAGGAUCAGCCUCCAGGAUCAGGAGCAGAGGGUGUUAGAGCUCUUACAGGAGCUCGGCGAAGGGAAGGUCACCACAGCUCAGGAUCUGGCUAGGAAGCUCCAGGCCCCCAAGAAGGAAAUCAAUCAUAUUUUGUACUCUCUGGCAAAGAAGGGCGAGCUGCAUCAGGAGGCAGGAAGGCCCCCUCUGUGGAGACUUGCAUCCUCGGUUCCUCGGAGCCAGCACAGCCAGCCAUCGAGAGCAGACGGGUGUAGCCAGGAAGCUCCAAACUCAGGCCCCAGUUUGGAAACUGAAGACAGGGAACCCACGUCUGGCUUGGAAGAUCCUUCUGAGCCUGUUGACAUGGCUGAGAUCAAGGAGGAAAUCUGCAACUACCUUUUUAAUGCGUUCAAGUCCUCCGCCCUGAAUUUGGCUAAAAAUAUCGGCCUCUCGAAAGCCCGAGAUGUCAACACUGUGCUGAUUGACUUGGAAAGGCAGGGGGAUGUCUACAGGCAGGGGACAACCCCUCCGAUAUGGUAUUUGACUGACAAGAAGCGGGAGAGGAUACAAAUCAAGAGAAAUACGAACAGUGUUCCUGAAACCAUUCAAGCUGCUAUCCCCGAGACCAAAAGGAAUGCAGAGCUCCCUCCCUGUGACUCGCCUGUGCCAGAUGCCUGGAACAGUGUCACCACAGAAAAUGUGGAGAAUGGGCAAGAACCGGUCAUAAAGUUAGAAAGUGGGCAAGAUGUCACACCAGAACCAGUAAAACUGCAACCACCUGUCCGUGACAAUGGCCCCUCAAAAACAGGGUAUGUUGACUUUGAAAAUGGCCAGUGGGCCACAGAUGACAUCCCAGAUGACUUGAAUAGCAUCCACGCAGCCCCAGGUGAGUUUCGAGCCAUCAUGGAGAUGCCCUCCUUCUACAGUCAUGGCUUGCCACGGUGUUCACCCUACAAGAAACUGACAGAGUGCCAGCUGAAGAACCCCAUCAGCGGGCUGUUAGAAUAUGCUCAGUUCGCUAGUCAGACCUGUGAGUUCAACCUGAUAGAGCAGAGUGGACCACCCCAUGAACCUCGAUUUAAAUUCCAAGUUGUCAUCAAUGGCCGAGAGUUUCCCCCAGCUGAAGCUGGCAGCAAGAAAGUGGCCAAGCAGGAUGCAGCUAUGAAAGCCAUGACAGUCCUGCUUGAGGAAGCUAAAGCCAAGGAUGGCGGAAGACCGGAAGAAUCCUCCUGCUGUUCCACAGAGAGAGAACCGGAGAAGACUGCAGAGUCCCAGCCCACCACCCCUUCAGCGACUUCCUUCUUUUCUGGGAAGAACCCGGUCACUACAUUGCUUGAGUGUGUGCACAAGUUGGGGAGCUCCUGUGAAUUCCGCCUCCUAUCCAGAGAAGGCCCUGCCCAUGACCCCAAGUUCCAGUACUGUGUUGCAGUGGGAAACCACACCUUCCCCACUGCGAGUGCCCCCAGCAAGAAAGUGGCAAAGCAGAUGGCUGCAGAGGAGGCCAUGAAGGCCCUGCACGGGGAGGCGACCAGCUCAACACCUUCUGAGAACCAGCCCGGAAGUACCAACACAGAAUCGUUUGAUAACUUGGAAUCUGCGAUGCCCAGCAAGGUCAGGAGGAUUGGCGAGCUCGUCAGAUACCUGAACACCAACCCCGUGGGUGGCCUAUUGGAAUACGCCCGCUCCCACGGCUUUGCUGCUGAGUUUAAGCUGGUUCACCAGUCCGGACCCCCUCACGAGCCCAAGUUUGUUUACCAAGCAAAAGUCGGAGGUCGCUGGUUCCCAGCCGUCUGCGCGCACAGCAAGAAGCAAGGCAAGCAGGAGGCAGCGGACGCCGCUCUCCGUGUGCUGAUUGGGGAGAACGAGAAGGCAGAGCGCAUGGGUUUCACAGAGGUAACCCCAGUGACAGGGGCCGGUCUCAGAAGAACUAUGCUUCUCCUCUCAAGGUCCCCAGAAGCACAGCCAGAGACACUCCCUCUCACCGGCAGCACCUUCCACGACCAGAUAGCCAUGCUGAGCCACCGGUGCUUCAACGCUCUCACCAACAGUUUCCAGCCCUCCUUGCUCGGCCGCAAGAUCCUGGCUGCUAUCAUCAUGAAGAAGGACUCCGAAGAUCUGGGGGUUGUGGUCAGCUUGGGGACAGGGAAUCGCUGUGUGAAAGGAGACUCUCUGAGCCUGAAGGGGGAGACCGUCAACGACUGUCACGCGGAGAUCAUUUCCCGCAGGGGCUUCAUCAGGUUUCUCUACAAUGAGCUGAUGAAGUACAACCCCCAGACUGCGAAGGACAGCAUAUUUGAACCUGCUCGGGGAGGAGAGAAGCUCCAGAUAAAGAAGACCGUGUCAUUUCAUCUCUACAUCAGCACGGCCCCGUGCGGGGACGGCGCCCUCUUUGACAAGUCCUGCAGCGACCGUGCGGUGGAGAGCACAGACUCCCGCCACUACCCUGUCUUCGAGAACCCCAAACAAGGCAAGCUCCGCACCAAGGUAGAGAACGGGGAAGGCACGAUCCCAGUGGAGUCCAGCGACAUUGUGCCUACGUGGGACGGCAUUCGGCUCGGGGAGAGACUCCGUACCAUGUCCUGUAGUGACAAAAUCCUGCGCUGGAACGUGCUGGGCCUGCAAGGGGCGCUGUUGACCCACUUCCUACAUCCCGUGUAUCUCAAAUCUGUCACACUGGGUUACCUUUUCAGCCAAGGGCAUUUGACGCGCGCCAUUUGCUGUCGUGUGACAAGAGAUGGGAGUGCAUUUGAGGACGGACUGCGACACCCCUUUAUUGUCAACCACCCCAAGGUCGGCCGAGUCAGCGUAUAUGAUUCCAAAAGGCAGUCCGGGAAGACCAAGGAGACAAGUGUCAACUGGUGUUUGGCCGACGGCUAUGACCUGGAGAUCCUGGAUGGGACCAGGGGCACCGUGGACGGGCCACGGAAUGAAUUGUCCCGGGUCUCCAAAAAGAACAUUUUUUUUCUAUUUAAGAGGCUCUGUUCCUUCCGGGGCCGCAGAGAUCUACUUAAACUCUCCUAUGGUGAGGCCAAGAAAGCUGCCCGUGACUAUGAGACAGCCAAGAACUAUUUCAAAAAAAGCCUGAAGGACAUGGGCUAUGGGAACUGGAUAAGCAAGCCCCAGGAGGAAAAGAACUUCUACCUCUGCCCAGUAUAGUGCCAUCCCGUGACCGGGCACUGGGCAGUGGAGGGAGGGGCGCUUCACACCGGUGAGAGAUAGGUCGGAGCGCCCCUCAUCACACUGGACGUGGGAGCCUUCUUUUCUUUCUCUUCCCCUUUUAAUGGAACCACAGUUGCUGGUACCGAGACCUUGGGGUUCCUGUUGGUCCUGCUUCCUCUGGGGAAACCAGGCCGGUUCUUUCCGGGCCCCUUUUCUUUUCCCAAGCAACGAGGCAGAGACCUGAGGGGAGAGAAAAGGGGCUCUGUCGUCUGUCCACCCGACGCCUGAGCAGUCACUGAGCACCUGCCGCCAUUUCCUCUUCCGUCCGGUUUGGGUUUUUUCCAUUUCCUUUCCCUCUGUCUGCUUUCCCGACCAGUCAGCUCUGUGAGUCGUGUCAGGGACUGACGAGCUCAUUUGUGCUGAUCUCAUCUGCGAUCCCCUGUGAUUCCCCUCCACCCCUUCUACAGUCGUAUUUCUCAUUUUCCUCCAAGCAGGUAAAGAGGGGACCUAAAGAAUCUGUGAGGCAAUUAGAAGGGCAGGAGUUUGAAACUGCAGUCAGUUAUUCCUGGUGCCCGGUGUGACUGGGAUCUGCAGGUAGUACUCAUCGAUCUUCGGAUCUUGCACUUUAGCCAGCUCGGGAGGGACCCAGAGGCAGGGAAGGCGAGGGCCAGCCAGACUGGGUGAGGCGCCCCCUGCAGGGCUGUUCAGUCCAUUUCCUGGGGAGCACAGACAUGCCUGGGCGUGUCGCCAGGCCCCCAGCUGUCCCUCCUAAAGCAUUCCUAGGAAUUUGCCCUACCAGUUCGGGGAUUAGGGCCUGGAGGGCAAGUCCUCCUGCCUUAAGUAAAUAGGACUUAGCAAGGACAAGGCAGAAACGAUGUCGAGUCAGAUGGCCGUCCUACCUAACAUAUUUCUCACUACAGUGACCCCAGGGGAGGCUAGUUAACUGUGGGUGAAUUAGGAGUGUUUAAAAGAAUGCCAUAACCUGUCAUUGCACAGAUUGAAAUUCAGAUAUAAUUUUCCAUUUACCCAAGCAUUUAUCAUGCUUUUGUUUUGCUAGAUAGCUUCAGAAGGCUGUCUGUGGGCAGGUCGCAGGCCUGAGGUCUCCCUGCCUGGUAGGGAGUCUACAGGGUUGACAGCAGUUGUAGGGAAAAGGCAGGUUGUCCUCAAAUUCUGUGAGGUGGAGCCCCUGGUCUACUCCUCAAGCUAAUGACACUUGUGGUCCAAGCAUCGGCCUCUCUGUGGGGUCCGGCUCUGGGCCAAAGUCAGGCACACAUGCCCCAGAGAGGCACAGAGGCCCUGCCACCUUGUGAGCUGAGCUGGCCUCGUUGGAGGACUCUUCUCUCUUCACCUGCGAACAUGCCGAGCCUGCGCCCUUGAUGGUUUCCCACCCACUGCUGACUAGCCAACCCCACCCGUCCCCCCUCUUCAACAGUAGGUUUGUCCACAUUUACACUUUUGUUCUUGUAGCUGCUAUUCCCGAAAACUGACCAAAUGAGAAACCCAAGUUUUAUGAACACACUAAGGGUGUCUUUGCAGAACAUCCAAGUGUCCCGAGGAGCUUGUAGGGAAACGGCGCCUGUCUUCCGGAGCAGCGGGAGCCUGCCUGCCCACAGCCUGUGCGUCUGCAGAAGGCACGCGAGUCAGUCCUGCCUCAGAGGCUCAGGCUGGAGCGUGUCACCCACUGGUUCCUCAGAACGUUGCCCCCUCUGGUCCAUCUCAGGCACUAGAAUAUCUGGCUUAGCUCUGUAACCAGGAGCACAGGGCACUCAAAAGACCAGAGACCCCACUCACCCCAGCGUCUUAUCUGGCAACCUUGCAGUGUUUGGUUUCUGCUGUAGGAAGAAAGCAGGGCACCCUGAACCCCCUGUGUCUGCUGGAAGCAAGCCUGCGUCGGGCCCUGCACGGCCCCCAUGCCCCUCGGUCACACAGGACAGAGGAGGCAGAGCCCGUGCCUAAACUGUUCACUUUCUUGUCCACUCUUUGUUUUUAAUAAGCAGGACCCCCUCCUGCCUCUCCCCCUACCUUUUUUAAAAUGAUCUUUGUAGUUGAUUUGUCUGAACUGUGGCUAUUGUGCAUUCUUUUGAGUAAUCACUUGUAAAAAUUGUCGCUGCUUGAAGCUACUUCCUUUACUCACUUCAAAGGGAUUUUGCCGGUGUUGGGGGUCUCAGCAGAGACUCCCAAGAGCAGAGUACGGGAGAGCCCCGUGGGGACUUGGGUGUCCGAUGGCUGCAGUCAGGUUUUGAUUCUGCUUUGUGUGCCCCUUGAUUACAGUGACUAACCGUAUACAUUCCUCCUGAAUAAAAGAUCUGAAUUGG